GGAAGGCCACAGAUUGGCACUUAGUACCGUUUUCGUAAUUUUUGACUUGGAGUCAGGGCCUUUUCGUACGGCGAAAGAUAAAUAAGCGAUCGCCCCACCCCCCUCAAGACCGUGUUGGACCCCCUCGAUAGGCUUCCGCAAGAAACCCUCGCAGCGGAAGAGUCCCAGGCGCGUUGGCGCGACGCCCCCUCUCCUUCCUCGUGCCGAAGCCGUUCCAGUUCUUCGCAAAACCCUAGAGGAUGUCGGGCGGAUUCUUCCGGGGAACCUCGGCGGAUCAGGACUCUCGCUUCUCCAACAAGCAAGCGAAGCUUUUGAAGACACAAAAAUUCGCAUCGGAGCUCGAUCACGUGGUGGAUAUGACGAAGGUACAGAUGGACGUCAUAAGGCCAUGGAUCGCAACCAGGGUCACAGAGCUCCUUGGAUUUGAAGACGAAGUCCUCAUUAACUUUGUUUAUGGACUUCUGGAUGGCAAGGAGGUGGACGGGAAACAGAUGCAGAUCCAGCUUACUGGGUUCAUGGAGAAAAAUACCGGGAAGUUCAUGAAGGAGCUCUGGGGUCUGCUGCUCAGUGCUCAGAAUAAUGCCAGUGGGGUUCCUCAGCAGUUUUUGGAUGCCAAGAAAGAGGAAACAGAUAAGAGAAAGGCGGAGACUGAUAGAAUUGCUCAGGAAAUUCAAAAGAGAAAAGAGAAAGAGGGAAGAGAGUUAGAACAAGAGAAACAGAGGAGGAUGGACGGGGCAGCUGACAAGUCGAGGCCUUCUACUGCUGUUUUGGGUUCAGUUUCCAAGCGAUCACCAAGAAGGGGUUCUAGUGUUCACCCUGAGGACGAUAGAGAAGUGGACACUGGGCAUCAUUCAAGAUCAAAAAGCCAGGAAGGACGUAAAUCAAGCAGUGUAUCUGUAUCAUCUCAGUCACAAAGGUAUUCAGUUUCUCCUAAGAAGCAGCAUCGUUCACCACCCAGACGGUCUGUAUCUUCUGAGAGGCGAUACAGAUCUCCACCUCGACGUUCCAUUUCUCCUCGCCGUAUGCAUUCACCACGGUAUGCUCGAUCACCUUUAAGACAAAGAUCACCUCAUAGUAGGCGAAGAUCUGUUUCACUCUUCAGGCAUCGGUCUCCUUCUCCUGUCCGGCGGAGAUCUCCUUAUGCACGAAGAAGAUCUCCAUCAUAUGCACGGCGCAGAUCUCCUUCUCCCUUCCGUCGUAGGUCUCCAGUUCGAGUUCGCAGGAGAUCACCUUCUCCCUCUCGUCGUAGGUCCCCUAUCCGACGCAGGUCUUUGUCACCAGCAAGGCGCAGGUCUCCCUCUCCUUUUAGGAGGAGAUCACCCCCACCUAGGUCUCCAAAACACCGAAGGAGGUCACCUUUGUGUUCACCUAGAAGGCGUGUCAGGGAUUAUGAAACUACUUCACGGUCAAGAAAGAGGAGCCGCAGUCCAUAUAGGAGCUGGAGUCCAUCAUAUCCAUCUCGUAGGAGUUCGAGCAGGGAGAUUGAUAACCAUGUUGAUGGCAUUGACUCCAAACGUUAUCGUGAUGGAUACACAUCUCAGAGGUCUCAUGAAAAGAGGUCACCUGUUCGUCAUGCUGUGGAUAGGGCAGUGGCUGAACGCCAUGCCUCAGGACGCAAGGUUUCAGAAUCACGUCGACUUCCAAUUUCUUCAAGGUCUCCCAAACGUGAUUCAAGAAAUCAAAAUGACGUUCAUAAUAGGGAGCAUGGGGUAACUUCAGACGAAUCUCCAAAUCAGUCAGAGUCACCAUCCUAUUUGCGAAGAAUACGCCCAAGAGAAAAUAGAUCUCGUAGCCUUUCUGAGAGUCCUGUUAUACAAACUAGAAGACAGAUGCCUCGUCGUGACACUCCAGAAAUAAAUAGAGAAAGAGAACAACCCAGUUAUGGCAGGGAGGAUGCUUAUCAUAGGGCUGAUUCCUUUAGCAAGAAAAGAAGAGACUCACCUGCUUAUGUGAAGCAGAAGAAUUCCCAUGCCAAGGACUUAAGUCCAGAAGAGUAUUCUUCUGAAAAAUUGGCGGAUGACUACUCUCCAGCUUCCGAAGGUCAAGCUGUUUAUUUGGAAAAUAGAAAGAAGGAACGUGAGGAAAAGAGUGAAGAAGAUCUUCCUGGAAGGCAUAAACAACUAGUAUUACAAUCACUGGGAGAAAUAGAAUAUGGUCCUGGAAGAAUAGUAGAUGAAAGCUAUUCGCCGGAUAUUGCUUAUGAUAGAGCGCGUUCGGCUAAGAAACAUUCUAGAGACGCAUCCUCUUCAGAGGAGAGGGUAUCCAAUGAGCAUGCAGUGAAGAGCAUCUGUGGAGAUGCUUAUGCAGUUAAAGCUGAGAAACAAUCACUUUCAAAAAGUGAUGAAUAUAUAGAAUCACGUUAUGCAACAGAAUCUGAUAAAAAGUUCAAAAGAAAGGCGGACCAGAGCAACCAUUUGGAUACCCAUGAUUCUGAUUCUGAAGAAAUUGAUGCACAUGGAUACCAGGAGAUGGAAAAGCAAAGGCGCAAAAAGUCUCAUAAAAGAGAUUUAGAUGGCAGUUCUGAGUCCGAUUCUCAGAUAGAUGACAAGAAGGAGGCCAAGAGGAGAAGGAAAGACGGGAAAAGGCUACGGAAGGAGGAGAGACGUCGCAGGCGUGAAGAGAGGCAUCGCAGAAAGUUAGAACGUCGUGCAGGCAAGCGCAAAGUGAAAUCUGUGGAUACUGUUACUCCCCCUUCAGAUUUGGAGAAAAAUUAUCAUGAUGCUGAUGAAUCAGAUGGUGAUGGUGCCAUAAGAAAGCAUCCUCAUCCAGGUGAUGCAGAAGAAACAGAGUCAGAGCAGAAGAAGCUUGAGAUCGAGCUGCGAGAAAAGGCCCUUGAAUCUCUCAGAGCAAAGAAGGCUAUCAAUCAUUAAAUUAGGAUAUCUGAGUUUUGUUAUUUACUAUGCAUUCAUAUGUUCUGUAGAAUGAGAUAUUCACCAUAAGGUGUUAGCAUAUCCUUUUAUAUAGCAGACUGUUUGAUGGAACCUGUGUUUAUUCUGGCAGCUGAAGUGGAUAAAUGAGGAUUCCUGAGCUGUAUUUUGUGGCAUCCUAGCUGCUAGAUUUUCUGGAUUUCAUAUGGUGAUCAUUGUAUUGCAAGUUUAGUACAUUUCCAGUUGAAAACUCUUACAAGAUGAGAAUAUUUUCAAGUAAGACUUGGUAGAGCUGGCAAUGUGCAGAGCCACCUUUAGAACCUCAAAUCAGAUAUGCAUCGGGGUGCUAUAAGCUUCCAUCUCAUCAUAGCUUCAUUGUCGUGCCAAGCUGAUAAUUCCCUUUGUGGAAGUCGUCCCACUGUAUGUAUAUGUGCUGUAAGAAUAUAUAUUAUGUUUUAUAUAUUUCAUUUUCAAAAUUGAUACAGUUGCAACUUGACAGCUAGUACAUGUAAAAUCGUACUCUACAUCCAGUUAUUGCAAGUAAGAUUUUGGGGAAAGCUACUUGAGCAUAAUUUAGUAUGCAUUCAUCAUUUUAAUUCUUGAUAUGAUUCUCUUUCUAUUACAGUCAUGCUAAGAUAGUGAUUCUGAGCAGUUGACUUGAAAUUACU